CCCGGACCCUGCAUUCACUAUAUCUGGUCUCCCACAGUACACAGAACACGGAAGUGCAAUUAUUUUAGUAAAUAUAAACUGCUAAAUACCUUUUAUCAUCAGCAGUUAGAGCAGUCUUGUGACUUCUAUCAGUGCCCAGCCAAGCACUGGUUAAAGCUUGGAGGAGUUUUCUUUCUGCUCUAGGAGGAUGCAGAUCCCCUGACCUCUGUCUGGACAGUAUUGUAUGGCCCUCUGCUGAUCACAUGUACUCUCCAAAGAAAGAAAAAAAUAUUUUAUAAU